AUGGUGUCCAUGGAUGACAUACAGGCCAUUGGUCAACAUGGUAGUUUCUUAUGGUGUAUGGUAUCACCCAUGGAUGACAUAUGGGUCAUUGGUCAACAUGGUAGUUGCUUAUGUUGUCCAUGGAUGACAUACGGGUCAUUGGUUAACAUGGAUUAUUGUUAUCGAAGCCAGUACUUCUUCGAAGAUGCAGUCAAGAAAUCAAAGGAAAUCGCUAACAGAUAUGCCAUUGGAAGUGAUGGAGAAAAUAAUAGUCGAUUUGGGAAAAAUUUCAGCAGUCGAGGCUUUCAGGAUGAAGAGUGUGAUGAGUGCUUUUAUUAUGACAAUUUUGAUUUAGGAUUGACUUUGUUGAGGCAAGCAGUAGAUGAAGAUCAUCUUGAGGAAAUUUAUUUGCUUGGAAUGAUCUACAUUUCAAGAGGGCCUCAUCAAUGUGAUGAAGGUUUACAAUUACUUGAUGCCUAUUUUGGCUGGGCAGUUCCGGAUGAUGGCGAGUACACGGAUGCUGUUGAUAGUGCCAAAGUGUUUUUGUGGGUUGUUGAUGUUGUUCAUAGACUUACAACAAAUAACAUCACAUUCCAAUAUGAAAACCCACGUUAUUCCACUAAAGGUGCAUUUGCAAUAGGUCAUGAACAGGAUGAGGAUCUACAAAGAUAUUGCAUGGUUUGUCGUUGGAUGAAGUAUAUGUAA